AUGUACACUAAGCAUUUUUUAUAACAAAAUUCUAUUCUACCCGCGUCUUGCUACUCUGCGGCUCUGCGCUAAAUAUACCCUAACCUACCGGUCUUUUUCUUAUCUCAUGCCCCUCUACUGAGUUUGAGUCACGAACUGAUUGGCGGCACCCCACGAGCGAGAGAAGUGGAUUCAGACGUUCAUUACUGAGAUAUUCUGAAUCUGUGAGUAUAUUUUUCAUCUCAGGCGGCAAUCCACGAGAGAAGUUCAUUGCUGAUUCAACAUUUGUUUUCCAGGCUUCCUAUUAUGAGGAUUCAAGAUUUACAGCGUGAGAUGUUUGAUGUUGUGAAAAUCCACGGCCAUAUUGAAAUUGCAACAGUUCAUGAUGCUCUGCAAGCCCCUCCCCCUUUGAGUUUGGGAAAUUGGGAGACAAUAAGCUAUGAUGAAUUGAAAAAAGAAGACACCCCACUCUCACUCAUUCUCUGGCAUGGACGGAUUUACUACUGGGCUUCUGGGGUGAACAGACCCGACGCACCCUCCAACGCCGCCGCCGCCUCAUCAGCCUUCAACGCACCUGUCAUUGGUAAAUGCAUUGUGGGACUUCUGGGCUUCUGGGCGGCUUACUUAUCGCGCUGAUUUGUGUGGCCAAAAGCAUUUUGGGACUUGUGAAGGAAUUGAUGUAUUUGGUGCAUCAGCCAAACAAAUUGUGGCUGAUCUGAUGUGCUUGAUUGUCCAUUUGUCUCUAAUGUUUCCUGAUUUUAAUUUUUUUUUCUCAGACAUUCCUUCAUUCAAAGGCCUCAUCUUUAUGCUUGAUCACAAGUACGGUUAUUGUAAAUGUGUGAUAAAGAUUUCAUCUUCAGUGUAGCUUUCUGAGAUUUAAAAGCUUCCUGAGUGGGAGGUUUUAUUUGUUUGGGGAAAAGUGGGAUUCAAGAUGAGGGAAAGGUAGGGAUUUUAGCAUGUACUUCGUAAAUGGUUUCUUGUUUGGGUAGAUUUGUGGUGGAGAAGAACAGUUUGAGGGUGACGUCCCCAGUCUCCAUAAGAUGUGUAUGAGUGUGCGAGUUAUAUUUCAUGUAUAAAAAAAACUCCCUAUAGAUGAGCUCAAAAACCUCAAGUAUAUAUUUCAUGUUUCCGAA